AUGGCCAAGCAGCCAGCUAGCAGCCAUGAGAAGUACGAGGGUGAUGGGCAGCAGGGUCAGGUGGACAAGGGUCAGAAGAAGGAGACUACCCUUUCCCUAGAAGCUAAGAUGGCCAAACUUAGACGAGUUUGUGAGAAGAAACCUAGUGGGAAAGUAAAAGUUCCAGAGGAGGUCCACCUCAAAUGGAAACAGAACAAUGGAGAUGACAGAGCCGAGCUCCUGAAAGCCCUUGAAGAUUCCAACUGGGAUAAGGAUACCUUUGUGGCAAAAGUCACACGAACAGUGGCCAAGACGAACAAGCUCACGAAGAAUAAGCGUCGCCAAUGGCACUCCGAGGAGAGCAUGUUCCGUGUGCUCAAUUGGUCAAAGCCCUACAUCAAGUCCGUUGUGGCAUAUUGUCGCAAGGCUGGAAAUGAGAAGCUGAUCAAGAAGGACCGGUACAACAAGAAAAUUGACAAAUUCCACGUAGUGGUUGAAGAGCAAGAUGAUGAGGUUUCAGAUCUCGAAGAGACGGAGAAACAUGAGGCUACCAAGGAUUCCAAUGCGCAGGUCGCAUUCAAGCUCAAAGCCAGCGGCAGCAUGGAACCUCCACAGCCCGGGGAUAGCUCGGGAACUGACGCUUCGGAUGAUGAGGAGGAGGCAAAGCAAACCAAUGGCCCAAAACAGGAGUUUGAUCGUUUCAAGACCUUUGCCAAUUCGCUGUUGGGAAGAUCCUCAAAGAUUUCGGAUUUGAUCUCAGAACUUGAAGGGGCAGCCGAAAUUGCCAAGAAGGGGUCAGAGACUUCUGAUGGACAAAGGGUCGCCAAGCUGGUUACGAAGUUGGAAGAAGCAGCUCAGACUCUGGAUGCAGAGCAUGUCAAAUGCGAAUGCGUGAAGGCGGCGGUAAGUAAGUUAAUUGCCAAGAUUGAUGAGCAGGUUUCGGCAACGACCAUUGCGUGCAGCAAGAUUACAGCGACGGAAUCAGCUGCAAAGAAACUCGAAUGCAAUUCCAGUUUUUCCAAUUUCCCAGUCCACCUGCACGAAACAUAUAAAACAUAUAUGAUCAUAUCUCAAUCAGGAACAUGGGGUGUAUUUGUAUUUGGGAGUUGGCCUUCAUUGGCUAUCUUCAUGCAAACUAGUAAGGACCAUGGUUCGCAACCUGAAGAAGGUUAA